AUGGAUUGGUUUGGUGUCUGCGUUGGAGGAUCGCUUCUUCUGGGAAUUGUUGCUUUUUCAUCUGGUUACCCAUACGCUGUGAAUAGUUUCUCAUCUUUUAUCGACUGGCUAAGGACUGGUAGUGAUGAGAGCAAAACAAAACUGGAGGAAGAAAAUCCGCCGAAAAAUAUGAGCGAACUGAUUGAAAGAUUGCCUGAGUCAUUUCACAAAUAUAUGCGAGAAGAACUACCAUAUCGCCGUGCUGCUGCCAUCGUCUUCAUCGCUAUUGUUCUUGGAAUGGGAACUCCCCUAUGGUAUCACACCACUCGAACAUAUCGCGCACCUUUCGAGACAUUUUCUGAGGAACAAGUAGUUCCUCUCAGCAUACAAAUUCGCCUUGUUGUUACCAAUGAAAGCUUCAUAACAGAAAUUAAUGAUGUAGCAAACGCAGUGCUUAACAAGAUUACAGAGGGCCAAGUAAAAGCUCCUCUGGAUAUUCAUUGGACUGUACUGAAUCAAGGAGUGAGAGAUGUGGGUGCCCUUGAGAGUGAACACAUUUCGAAGUCGGAUUCACUUGAUGUGUUUGUUGCUGUUGUUCCGCCAGAGCAUUGGUCCCAUUUUUCGGCUACCGUUGUAUUUCUUAGUCGUGGCCGUUGGGCUUUAGUACAGUAUACUUCAGACAGAACCAAGCUUGAGGAGAGGCUACAGAGUCUCCUCUGGGAGGUCAUGAUAGACGUUCCUCAUUUAAAUUCUAUUGUCAAGCGUGAUCUUCGCGAGAAAAUGCAACCUUGGCAGAUUGCUGCCCUCUCUCCUUCUCACCAAAAACGAUUGGUUUGGGAUUCUGCACCUCUUUCCAUGAACUACAUUGUCCAAAUUAUUCAUGUGCAUGACAACGCAUCCCCGUUGACUGUUCCAUCAGACAACGUCAUAAUGGAAGUAGUGGAAGUGUUUGCACGACGACUGCAGCAUGUUACUCGUUUGCAGAUCAGUUCCGAACACUUGUGGGAUUUUGAGAUUUCAAACUUUUUUGAAGUAGAUGUGCAAGGCAGAUUAACUCUUUCUCAACAACAGACAGAACGAUUAUUGAAAGAGGUUGAUUCGCAGCUUCAAACUGUUGAAUCAUCUUUUCCGGUGUUAAAGAUUUUGAUAAUCGAGAAGGAGGAACCUGUGGUGAUGUUGGAUUCCUUUGGAGAAGAUAGUCGUGGCGCUGCUGUAGCUUCUUGGGGAGCGAUUAUUCCACGAAUAUCCCUGGGUGAAACACUAGACGAUGCGCAACCUGCUGCUAGAGUAUUGGCUGCUCUGAGGAUACUGCUUGGUGUGGACAGUGAACUGCCAGCUACGUGGAAACGUGCACCUGUUCCUUUGGCAGAAUGGGAAAUAGAAAGAAUGCGGCUGCGUGCUGUGCUCGACAAUGCCAUGCGAGCGAUGUCUGCUGUCAGCGCUUUGAAGGCUUUGACUGAAAAAAUCACAAACGUAGUGAUUAGCGACGAUGUAGCUGCGAAGGCGAACGAUGCCGUGAGGCUUGUGAAAGAAGGCCUCUCAAAUCGGGAGGCUCCUCAACUUGACAAGAUCUCUGCUGGUCGUAAAUUGGCUGACGAGGCGCUGUCAGAUCCGUCGUUGCUCGCUAUGUUAUACUUCCCAAAAGAUCAAACUAUGGCUGUCUACCUUCCAAUUAUGCUGCCCACCCUCAUACCUAUGUUCGGUUCAAUUAUCGCCCUCUGUAAAUGGGCCCUCGGAUGGUCAUAA